AUGCCCGCCGACACUGUGUCGACAGGGCCUCGUCCGCCAUCAUCAGCAGGCUCGAUGGUUGGACCAGACGAUCACCUCGGCGCCAAGCUAGCAGACUUGCGUCAAGCUACUGGACGCAGCGGCGGCGAUAACAACAGCAACUCGCGCUCGCACCAACGGCAGCGCGCAGACACCGUUACCGCCCCUCCUCCGACCUCAUCGUCUUCGACCUUGAGGCUACCAUCGGGCCUUGCUCGCCGCAUCAACAGCAGCAGCAACGAUGACAGUAGCACCAGUCCGACCGUCGUCCGACGAACGGCAGGCGAGCUCAUCCGCCACGAGCGGGAGCGCAGCCAGCUGCUACGCUCCAUCAGCCACCUCAACAAGACUCAGAGGCCUCCGACUGCCGUCAGCGAGGACCUCGAAGAGUGGGCUGCGCCUGCUGGCUUGUCCACAGCCCACAUCAUCUCGCCGCCUCCUCUCCCUUCGCCGCCCACGUACGAAGCUGGCGAAGCGCUGAGCGCUACUCGAUCAUCGCCUACUACAUCCUUUGCCUCGAGACGAGCUCGUUCUCGGUCCUUUGGCUUCAUCGAUGCCGUAGCCCGGUCGCAGAGCAACGCACCGACAUCGCCGUCACUCCCUCUACAUCGUCGAUCCUUCUCUCGCUCCAACCUACGAGCAGCUCUUGGCUCCUCAUCGCCCGAGCAGCAGCAGCAGCAGCAGCAGCAGCAGAUUGGGUCCAACACCAAGACGGCAAAGCGCAAAGCGUCUAUGCCACAGCUGGGCAAAUUAGCAGCCGCCUUCAAAUCCCGUGAUAAUGUUGCUAUUGCCUCGUCUUCGUCCACGACGACGAGCUUUGAUCAUCGAGGCGACCUAUCUUCUCCCUCUGCUCUUGCUUCUCUAGCUUCCGCAUCGACGUCAGCUCUCGCUAUCACAGAUUCCGCAGCUGCAGUUGCUCCACUUGCUCCACCGCCUUCCUCUUCUUCCUCGUCGAUGACGCGCACGUCAGCGUCGCCGCCAUCUGCGCCCGCGACUUCGUAUUCGCAAUUCAACACCAGCGGAAAGCUUGGAAACCCUGACGCUGUCUUGGCCGCCACAGCCAGACGAUCAGGGCGACAUUCAGGCGCUGGUUGUCAGGGUGAGGGUGGUGGGAGUGGUGCAGUCGGCAGCGGAGUUGACGCAGCGGCCCCACACCAGAGGCAGCAGAACAGCGUCGGCGCGGACAGCACUAGCAGCUCGACGACUCGCAGCGACAGCCCCCAAGCCCGCCCUGCUCGCCCCUUUGGACAAGGGCUCCACAGAGGAGACAGAGAUGGCGUCGUCGACGUCGACCGCGGAGUGAGCAAUCCGGACGACGGGACGAUCGGCCAAAACGGCAUGCGCGAAGGAGGCGACGAGAGUCAGCGUCGCAGCACGACUGGGUCACCGUCUCCGCCGGGCCUUUCAGAAUCGCUUUCGCUUUCGCAGCAAGGACCAUUCAGAAUCAUAGCAACGUCGUCGGCCUCGGCGUCUUCUCCAGUCUCUCCUCCUUCAUCAUCGUUAGCAGCGGCAUCUCUUUCAGCAUCAUCACCGCCACCACCGCCGCCGCUGUCAAGAGAGAUUGAUUCGUCUUCGUGGGUGUCAUCAUCAUCAGCAUCAUCAUCAUCACCGCCACUUGCACAGCACGCCGCCAAUUGCCGCAGAGCAAGCGGGCCAAUUAGCUUGGCAUCAUCAAAAGCAGCAGCAGCAGCAGCUGGCCCUCGCUACUCAUCUUCUCAGCUACAAGCAUCUUCACCAUCUUCAUCGCCCAUCACCAGCUGCAUUGGCAUCAGCGAGCCGCUAGCAUCAAAUCCCUCGCUUCAUCACCGACGACAACGAUCCUCAGCAUCAAACAGCUACGACUUCAGCGAGUCCACGCACACAUCUCCAGUAUCUCGCAGUCCAGCUCGCGUCUCAUUCGAUCUCACUUCAGCCCAAGAGCGUAUAGCAAGUAGACAACCCUCUCUCAGUCAAAUUGCUACAGCGCCGCCUCUCCCAGAGGAGGAGCCUGGCCAUAAUUACCUCGAGACGUCAACGUCAGGCUUUUCGUCCUUUGCAGACCUCUCCGCGCUCGAUACAUCCGAAGAGAGUGUAGGCUCCGCCAUGAGCGUCGUACACCCGCCUUCCGCCGUGGGUGGUGUCAGCUUCACAGGGCACGAUGUACGCAGAGGCAGCACAGGGACAGCAGGAGGCAAGUUGGGCAACAAGAUGAGAGGUUGGGCAAGUCGAUCAUCUCACAACCUCACAUCGACGGCCAUGGCAACGGCAGAUCCGAAGCUCUCGAGAACGAGCAUGGACGCUGCUGGACACACGACGAGUAUCGUCGCCCUGCCAGGCCCACCUGAUGCACCGGCACGAGGAGGGCGAAAGUCGAUGUCUCUCUUCCGCUCGAGACCAUCACAGGUUGCAGAUCCCACUCCAAGCACUCGUCUGCGUCGUCCGAGCUUCAUGAGGCCGCGUGCCUCUAUCUCGGGAGGUGCGGAUGAUGACGAAGUCGAGGCCGACCAGACCACGUCGACUCGCUCAUCAAUCAGCAACACUAAUGCAUGGUUCAAGAAGGUCAUCCUCAGAAGCGGCGGCGGCAGCAGCAGUCGCAGAGGAUCCGUUGUCAAGACCAUCCCAGCGGGAGCGCCCUCCCAAUCACCGGCGGGUGACGAUCCGACGCCCACUGCGGAGCAGGCUCGAGUAACUCUUGAAUCAGCCUUCGGGCCCGUCCAACGCUCUCGUCAGGGUGUCGAAGAGGAUGCCGCCUCUGUGGAAGCGCAGGACAGCAGCAGAGGCCUCCCCAUUUCCUCGGCGAACGGAGUUCCCUUUGCAUGGUCAACAAAGUUUGGCGCUAGUGGCAGUGGCGCGGCUCAGCCCAUCGACGACGACGUUGGACCCUUGGACAAGCCUGCGCCCCUCAUCGAUGUCGGACGACAGUACUCAGCCGAUGGGAGAAGCUCAUGCAGCUCGCCGGCGCAGUCUGGUCCUCACUCGUACCAGUCGACGGCUAGUGUUAAUACACAGCAGACGAGCUCGACAUCACCGACAACAGACGCUGUUCCGGGAUGUCUUGGUGAGGUCUCGUUGCCUAAUCAGUCAGCUGUGAAGCAUAGAGCGGAGCGAUCAGAUGAGAAUCGACACGACUCGUCAGAGAACACGACCGUAGACGGAGAGGCCUUUUGUGAUGCACAGGAGACCAUGUCCCAAGAUGAGGAGCCAAACAUUGCCUCUCAGCAGGCUCCGUCCAGCUCGGCGACGUUGCCUCAGUACCCUGCUCCUGUCGUAGCAUCAUCUGCGCAACCGCCUCGCCGACCUGGACGAGGUAGUCACGGGAUCUCGCAGAUGCCUCGUCUCAACUCGAUGCGUAUUGUACAGGGUGGGGGUGGUGACGAACGCGGCAAUGGCAAUCACGACCGCGACGGGACAGGUGGAUCGGGACCCAAUGGUGGUGGCCAAGGAGGAGCAGGAAGUGGUCGUGAUGGCGGAGGCGGCGAGGACGACUCUGCAGAGAGCAGCGGUGACGAAACGCAAGACGUCGCUACCGAGGAGGACGAGGAGUCUGAGACGGACACCGAUGGCGAGCAUGAUCCAGAUGAGACGUCGAGCGACGUUGACUCGAGUCGCGCUCGCAACGGCCCGCCCAUGUUGGACCCCAUCGAUACUUCCAUGCCAGGCUCCUUCUUCACGUCGGAGCCUCUGAGCUCGUCCUUCUCCGCCACAGGCGACCGUGCCAACAGGCCUGGCGACAUCGCUCUGCCUCCCAGACCAACCUUUACGCCCGUCAGUGCAGCCGCUCCAGCUGCCGCUACAACCGCUGCGAAUGCGCCGCAACCGCAAGCGUUCGACGACGACACGAGCGUCGCUGGCCGCCAGUCAUGGACACGCUUUAGCGAGACGCCCUUCGAGACGCCUACACCCAUCGCCAGCAAUGCAGCUGGGUAUCGCACUCCCGGCGCCUCAAUUGCGGCCAGCGAGCCAUCGUACUUCAACUCGCGUCCCGCGACGAGCAGGAGUGCAGCUUCUUCUACGAUGCAGAGCGACAAUGCUCCGCCGCCGUCCCCGUCGAUCAUCAGUCGAAAUCGCGCUACUUCGUCUGCGAGCUCUCGAACAGCGAGAGUCUUGCCCACGCCAGGCAGAGAAAUCCCCGCACCACCUCUGCCGCCGAUGCAUCCUCUGCAGGCCAAGAAACCGGAGCGAGCAUCGACCCUAUCCCCGGCUCUCUCGCCUGCAUCGUCUCUGCGGGUUUCAACGGCAGCAGGCUCAUCCAAGAUCUCGCCUCCGUCUGAUCGUCAACAAUCGCCUCCAGUCCCUCGACCCAUCUCAAUGGCAGACCUCAUGUUGCCACAGCCGAGCGCUCCAGGCAGCCAAACCAACAGCAUUGCUUCGCCCUCGUCCCCAUCUCAAGGGUCAUCGCCUGCAGUCGCUCGUCCUCCUGGCAUAAAGAUGGAAGGCAGCCGCGACAACAACUUCCGACCUGGCCUCUACUCGCAGCAGUCUCGCUCGCUCAUCGAUCUUCCGAGUGCUACUCGACAUCGAGAGCUCGAUGCAGGGCAGAAUAAGCAGCAGUCAAAGGACGAUGGGCGAGUACUGAGUCCCACCUCCGCGAAGACGCCUGCAGGGGAGGCAGCUCCCCUCGCAACGCCAGACUGGGCCAUGUAUCCUCCUCCUACCCCAUCGACAGGCAACUUCGCUGACUCUGCACCAGCUGGAGUACAGCGUCGUCGCUCCAUGGUCGAAAUGACCGCCGCGCCACCUGCGUACGCCAUCAUUCACCGCCGACCAGAGGGCCCGCAGAUGAUCUACCCUCGAGAGGAGGAAGGGCGAGAGAAGCUCCCCAAGUAUGGCUGUGCAGUGCAUAUUGAGGGGUAUCUGCCCCGCAAGAUGGAGUUCAGUGCACCGGGUAUUCAGGCAAAGGACCGAAGCUGGAAGCGUCAGUACUUUGUGCUGCACGGUACCUGCCUCAAGGUCUUCCGCAACGACCUCAGCGGCGCGAGCGGGGCUGGCGCGAAUGGGUCUAGUGCUCAGUGGGGCAGCAUGAGCGGCGUUCAUGUGCAUCGCGAGCCCAUCAAUGAAGAUGGGAGCAAUGGAGGAGCAGGCUCGAACCCUGGCUCGGGCCUCAUCGACAAGGUGCAAAGCAGUAAUCUGCCCUUCGGCUCCAACUCGCACGACCGCAACGGUGGCCUCGUCCGCAACUACACAUUGCAAGGCGCCGAGAGCGGUCUGGCGGCCGACUACUUCAAGCGUCGCCAUGUAGUGCGCGUGCGAGCAGAGGGCGAGCAAUUCCUUCUCCAGACCGUGUCCGACAGGCAUGUCGUAGACUGGAUCGAGGCACUCCAGGCUGCCACUAACAUCUCGCAGGACUUGGAGAGCAGAGCCAUGCCCAAGUUCAUUACAUUGCCGCGAAGAAGAAGGAGGAGAAACAGGCCGGCGGCAAGGCAAGAGGAACAGAGGGAGGCGGCAGACUUGGCAGAGGCACAGCGACGAUCGUUGGCCGAUGCCAAUGGUAGCGGUGGACGUGGCACUGCCAAUGCGGCUUCGUCCGCCAAUCGCGCGAGUGGGAGCGCGAGACCCAGUGGGGACAACACGCCAGAUCCGAGUGCACGCUUCGAUGAGAUGCUCCGCGAGGAGCAUGAAGACUUUGUUCGUCCCACGCAGAAUGCUUCAGUCAUUUAA